GUUUGAGUAACUGUAUAACGUCGGAUAAGUAGACACAUCCUGAUCCCCCUUCCUUUGAUCGUUUUCACCGUUUCUGUAUUCUUUUGAGAACGAUAAGAAGUAAAAUUGAUUAAUUAAGCUAGUAAAACUUUAGAAAAACAUUAAAAUGAGUUCUGAUCGUGAAAGUGAACCAGAACAGUUUCGUAAGCUCUUCAUUGGAGGCUUAAAUUACAAAACUGGAGAAGAAUCUUUAAAAGCACAUUUUGAGCAGUGGGGUGAAAUUGUUGAUUGUGUAGUAAUGAGAGACCCUCAUACUCGGAGAUCUCGAGGAUUUGGCUUUGUAACAUAUAAAAGAGCUCAUAUGGUUGAUGAUGCUCAAGCAGCUAGACCUCACGAAGUAGAUGGACGAGAAGUGGAGCCCAAGCGUGCUGUACCAAGAGAAGAUUCUGGAAAACCUGAGGCACAGAUGACGGUAAAAAAGCUGUUUGUUGGAGCAUUGAAAGAUGAUGUUGAAGAGGAUGAUUUAAGAGAUUAUUUCAGCCCAUAUGGUAACAUAGUGAGUGUUAGCAUAGUUACAGAUAAAAAUACUGGGAAAAAAAGAGGAUUUGCAUUUGUAGAAUUUGAUGACUAUGAUCCAGUAGAUAAAGUUGUGUUGAGAAAACAUAUGAUUAAAGGGAAAAAGGCUGAAGUGAAAAAGGCUUUAUCUCGACAGGAAAUGGACAACAUAAAAAGGAGUAAGGAGAUGAAGUCUUAUGGAGGAAGAGGUAGUAGUGGUGGUGGAGGUGGGUAUGGAGGAUAUGGUGGAGGAAGUAACUAUGGGUACAGUGGACCGAGUACUUGGGAUAAUGGUGGUUAUGGUAAUGGCUAUGGAGGAGGUUCUGAUUAUGGAUCAGGUGGAGGAUGGGGAGGUGACUAUGGAUCUAGCUACAGUGGAGGUCCUGUUAGAGGAAGCGGUGGAUAUUCACAGCGUAGUCAAGGCCCAUAUGGAGGAGGUGGAUAUUCAGGUGGAAGAAGUGGUGGCUAUAGCAGCUACAGACGAUAAUUUUAUUAAUACAGUCUUGGGGAUGUUUUAAACUGUCAUAGCCAGCCUCCGCAGUAUAAGCCAUUACACAGUAGGUGGUAGCUGUUAGAAGAGAGGGCAUGAAAGAAUGAAGCGUUGUAGUUUGACAGGAACUGAAGUGAGGAAACAGCUAGGUCAGCUUUAGUUCAUCAGUACCAGAGAAAGGAGAGUUAGCAACAGCUGCGAUUUACAUUGUCUUCAAUUACAUUCCAAAUUUAAUAUCAGGCAAAUCAUUUUUUAAUUCCCCAAGACUGAAUCAUAAUGUAGCUUUUCCAUAUUCAUUUUUUUGAUUAUCCCAUUAUUGUAAGACAUGCAGAUCUUAAAUGUGAAUCUGUGAAUAUUUUGAAUGUUAGAAUUUUGAACCAAAACAUUUGUUUUCUUGCCCUAAUAAAUGUGACUGGAGCCAGGUCUUCGAGAUCAUUACCAUGA